AUGCGGCUCCUCGGGAAACUGCGCGCCUCCGCUCCGGAGCCCGCUUUCACCAACGUGCUCACCCCGGCCCGCAUCCCCGAGUUCUGCAUCCCGCCGCGGCUGCCCGCGCCCUGCGUACCCGAAUCUCCGCCUCCGGCCGCGGCUCUGCCCCGGCGCUGCGCCGCCGAGCCGGACCUGUGGCCCCGAGGAGCCGACGACGCCGCCGGGCACACGGACUGGGACCCGCGCUCGCAGGCCGCGCUCUCGCUGCCGCACCUGCCGCGCGCGCGCACCGCCUACGGCUUCUGCGCGCUGCUCGAGAGCCCGCACACUCGCCGCAAGGAGUCACUCUUCCUCGGGGGCCCCGGGGCCGCCCCGCUCCUGCCCCCGGGCGCAGCCCCCGCCCCCGCCCCCGCGCUCCCCGCGGGCCCCCGCCCGAUCCCGGACGCGCCCGCCCCUCCGCCCGGCGCCCACCGCCUCGUGCGCGCCCCCGAAGGACUACUGAGCCGCGCGCUGCGGGCCCGCAGGAGCCGCGGCCUGGCGCGCGCCCGCUGCGCGUCCAGCGGGGACGAGGACGAGGAGCGCGGCGCCGGCUCGCGGCCCCCGGCCCGGGCCCCUUCCGCGUCCCCGCCGCCGCCGCCUGGCUCCGACCCGGGGCCCGAGUGCCUGGAGGCCGAGGGCACCGUGGCCCUGGGCGGCGCCGGGGGCGCCCUGCGCCUGGCCGCCCAGUACAGUCGGGCCAGCGGGCGGCUCCGCGUCCGGCUGCUGGGCGCCCAGGGCCUGGCCGCGGGAACCGCCGAGCCCCGCGCCGUCGGCUGCCGCGUCAGCUUCGUCCUGCGGCCGCCGGGCAAGACGCGGCCGCAGCGCAGCGCCGUGGUGCGGCCGAGCCGCAAGGCCGCCUUCGACCAGGACGUGUGCCUGGACGGGCUCUCGGAGGAGAAGCGGGGCCGCGGCCGGGAGCGGGGCCGCCUGCUGGGCCAGGGCGAGCUGCUGCUGGGCUCCCUGCUGCUCCCCUGA